AUUUCGGCACGUUGAAAAUGUUGACAUCGAAAUGUAAACUCAUAGCCCGGGGCUGCGUUGGCAUCGUGUCAAAAAGCGCCUCGCCAAAGCCGCGGACGUGCAGCAGCAACGUCAAAGUACUGAAGAGCGUCUACGGCGAGGUCGACGUACCCGAGCAAACCUUGAGCCAGUUCGUGUUCGCCGACGCUCACAAGUGGAGGGACUUGCCUGCAUUGACAUGCGGAGUGAGCGGGCGAAGCUACACCUACGGCAUGAUCCAGCAGCUGUGCCAGCGGGGCGCCCAGGCCCUGCUGGCCAAUACCGAUCUGAAGCCGGGCGACCGGAUCGGUCUGCUGCUGCCCAACGUGCCCGAGUUCACGCUGGCGGUGCACGCGAGCCUGCAGGCCGGCCUCGUGGUCACCUACGCCAAUCCGCUCUUCACCGUGCACGAGCUGACGCGCCAGUUCACCAGCGCCAAGGUCAGGUGCAUCGUCACGGUGCCGCAGCUGCUCGAGCUCGCCCAAGCCGUGGCCAAGUCCCUGCCGGCCUACGACUGCACCAUCAACAUCGGCGGCGAGCCGAGUCCGCAAAACAAAAUCCUCGGCUUGGAGUCUCUCACGAGCACGGAGAAAAAAGUCGAUUUGCCGGAGGUGCGCUCGAGCGACAUCGCCGUGCUGCCCUACAGCUCCGGCACUACGGGCGUGCCCAAGGGCGUGAUGCUGAGCCACCGGAACCUCGUGGUCAACAUCAUGCAGCUGCUGCACCCCCAGCUCGUCGAGGAGACCGAUCCGCUCACCUUCCAGGACGUCUCGCUCACGGUCCUCCCUUUUUUCCACAUCUACGGCUUCAACGCGAUCCUCAACUAUCUGGCCAAGAUCGGCAGCCACCUCGUCUCCAUGCCCAAGUUCACGCCCCAGGACUACAUCAAGUGCCUGCUCGAGUACCAACCGACGGUUCUCUUCGUCGUGCCGUCCCUCCUGCUCUUUCUGAUCACGCAUCCCGAGGUGACGCCUCGCCACUUGGCCAGCGUCAACAAGAUAUUCUGCGGCGCCGCGCCCCUCAAGAAGGGUCUCAUCGAUCAUUUCUACGAGAAAAUCGGCAGGACCGAUUGCACCAUUACCCAAGGUUACGGAAUGACCGAGACCAGCCCAGGAAUCACGAUAACUCCCUACAACAUGCCGUACAGCAAAAGCGGAAGUUGCGGACGCCUCUUACCGUCCACUCUGGCUCGAGUGAUCGACCUGAGCGACGGCCACGUCGUCGGCGUGCCCAAUCGUCCGGGUGAGCUGCUCGUCAAGGGCCCCCAAGUCAUGCAGGGCUACCUCGACAAUCCGGGUGCCACGAGCGACGUCAUCGACACCCAUGGCUGGUUUCACACGGGCGACGUCGUUUACUACGACGAGGAGGAGUACUUUUACAUUAUCGAUAGGACCAAAGAGCUCAUAAAGGUCAAGGGUAAUCAGGUCUCACCGACCGAGUUGGAAUCUUUGCUCUUGGAAAUACCCGGAGUGGCCGACGCUGCGGUUGUCGGCAUUCCGGACUCGUUUGCUGGUGAACUGCCCAAGGCUUUCAUUGUGCGCAAGCCUGGAUUCGACGAUAUGACCGUUGAUUCCGUCCAGGACUUCGUUACACCGAAGGUUGCGACUUACAAGAAAUUAGCUGGGGGAGUCGAGUUUGUUGAAGCCAUUCCAAGGAAUCCUUCGGGCAAGAUUUUACGCAACGAAUUGAAAAACUUGUGCUCGCAAAAUUAAAAAUGGAAAGAUUGACGAACUACAAGAUUCAAAUCGAAUGGGCUGUAAGAAUGCAUUUUCUAAACUUGCAUCAAGACAACUGACGAAAAAAAAAUUCAAACCUUUUUCAAACUAUACCGUCAACUUUAACGUAACAAUUAUAUUGCAACGACAAUAAAUUACACGAAAGCAAUAUUAAUAUUGACAUAAACGACUUGGAAUAUUGAAUUGACAGUUCAAUCGGAUAUUUUCAUCGUGUAAUUUGAAAAUUAAUCUAUAACAUAAAAGUUGAAAGCAUAAUUCAAAAUUUUUAAAUUCGUGUUUCAAAUCAAUAUUAUACAUAUUUCACCUUCAUUUGGUCCGACAGUGCAUACGUUUUUAAUGCACGGACAUGAUCGUAUAGUGUGGUGAUUAAAAAAAAUUUAUGUUGAUGUCACCUCAAAGUUGUUCAAAACAUAUGUUAGUAAAGUUGUUGUAGAAUUAAAUAUAAUAUAACCACUCCAUGUUAACGAUCAUCAAGGAUCGUAAAAAUAACGAUAACUGUCACCUUAUAUUUUCCUUUUUUAAUUACUCUUUAUUUUUAUAUGAUAUAGAGAUUCAGGUUUUUUUGCUUUUUUGCAAGACUUGUUCGAUUUGACAUACAAUUAUUUUUCAAGUGAGACCACGGUUUAACAUGUACAUAUUAUAUAAGAAACAGUUACAACUUUAUAGAAUAAGACUUUUUUCGUAUGAAUAAUAUAUUUGCAUUUCAAUCAUUGAA